AUGUUUGGUGGCAAUGGGAAGACAAAGAAGACGGCUCUGCCACCAAUUGUGGCCCCCUCAACUGUCCCAGUGUCCAAUGUAGUCCUCCACAGGGUUCAUGAGAAGCCAAACAGAGGGAAAUUCAUAUACUCCCACAAAUGGACAGAUUUGGAGGAAUCUCUAAGAUUGAGGAAUUUUCAUGUGGAAGACACGGCAGUUGAGGUAAAACACCAACAAGAUGACAUGCGAAAGAGCGCAAAGAAGCAGAGAAAUCUCAACAGCAGUCGCCUUGAAAAAAUCUACAAAGAUCAAAAUGCAACCCGGAUCAAAUGUCUGGCUCUCAAUGAAUUCCUCCGGGAAUGCCAUGAACGAGAAAUCAUAGCUGAGCAUCGUGAAGCUGAAGAGGUGCGCAAACAGGAAAAAUAUCACCGGGAAAUUGAAAGUUUAACUGGGAAAAUUGCCGAUUUGAGGGAUUUCAAGAGAGUCCUCGAGGAGAAAGUGGAUGAAAUGAAAAUCUACCGAACGGUGGUUGAGCAAGCAGCUGAGGAUUCCACCCAAUUUGCCACCCCUGACGGGCUAAUGUCCUUUUGCGACGCCUUCUUCCAUGCACAGCGUGAAAUUGCAACAAUUGAGCAGGAAAAACUCCAUGAGAUUGACACACUGAAGAAGAGCCUUGUACAGAUCACGGGGGAUUCAGCGGCUACCAUCCUUGGGUACAUCAAUCGCUUAUCGGAUUUGGAACAGAAGUGUCACACAUUGAAGACCGAAUCACUGCGAUGGGAGAAGGUGCUCAAGACAACAAAAGACUUCAUUGCUGCGGAGAAUUUUGAAGCACAGCGCAUCCAGGAGUCCAUCCGGCAUCUGCACAAGCUCCUCUUUGCUCGACAUGGUGGACGCGCCAGGGUGGAACGAGCGGUGCCACUUGAGAAGCAACUCGAGGAGAUUCGUCAUGAAGUGAAAAUCCUCAAAUUAAUUGCAGAAGCAUCCAAGGAGCACAUUGAGAAGGGGCAGAAGAGCUUAGCCGGUGAAUUGGGGACAAAUAAUAUCAUGGAUCAGCCGGGUGUUGAAAAGGAAGUUCCAAAGAUCCCUAAGAAACUUCCAGAUGCAAUGGUCAGGAUGACUACACAACUUCCAGGCUCUUAUGGUACUUUCCGGGAAGCACAUCAAACGGUUGCUUAA